CGUGUCUCAAAGUGCGUCCAUUUUGAAAGUUGCCAAGCCAAACAUGACAACUUUCGACAAACAUUUUUGAGUAUUCGCACUUCCCCUAUCUCGUUAAAAGUAAAAAUAACUGAAAUUGUUUUAUUAUAAUCCAUUAUAACGUAAAUGUGUCUUUAAUAGAUAAUAUAUGAUCGAAAAUCGAGUUUUUGGGGUCUUUCGGAGGCAUAAUUUGCACUUCUUCGAUAAAGAUGCAGAAGUAUAAUGCCGAAAGGGCUGGUGCAACUACUAGCCUCAAGAUUCGUGGGCAAAUCUCAGCAUCUGCCAUGAUUCUGUGUACAUUAAAGGCAUAAAAUACAAAAAUACACAUGAAACGGAUCCCUCUGAAGUCAAACACCUGCCUUGUAAUCGGUAGCACAACGGCUUUCAGGCCACGCGUCUGUUGCCACUAGCAGCAAGAUGUUGACGCGAGGCACAUGUGGCCUUUCGCGCCUUAUGACGUAGGAUGCCAUUAGGGUCAAAGGUGACAUCAGUCCAAUCAUUUCCUGUCGUCUGCUGACAGUGUUUUUCUUGCUGCAAUGCAUCUGCAGAAUAAUUGUCUUGAACUUUCAAGUCAAGCAAGAUUUUCGAUGUGCUUUUAAUGAUUAACAUUUAUUUCGAAGAAAAAGGUUUAGUUCUUCCAGUAUUUUCAGAUGAAUUGACAGCUGUUCUUUCUCUUUUUAAGUUCUAUGAAAAAAAUUUGUAUCUUUCACUGAGUAGUGAAUGGUUUGGGCUUAAUGGUUGACGACAGGCCUGAGACUACAGAGAGAAAGUUGAGAUGCUUAAAUAAGCAAUGGAUAACCCUGAGCAAGACAUAAAAAAUCUAUUUUGGAUUGGUGGGAUGUGUUGACAAAAAUCACAAUAUUACAAGGCAUUGCCAGCCAUACUUGAUUCAAACAUCUGCAUCAGUAAGGUUCAGGAAAGCCUUCAGACUAGCCUGUCUGCCCUUCAGGAGACAAAAGAUGAUGAAAAAUCUUUCUUACUUCUCAAAUCUGGCAUCAUCUAUCUGUUUGCAGAGGUACUGAAGCUUCUCGAAAAGUCCAUGCCUAUUCACCUGGAAAACCAGAUUCUUGAUCUUCUUUUGGAGAACAUUAUUUGUGUAAAUGAAAGGGGCGUUAAAUCCAACAAUUUUGCAUUGCCAUACAUCACAGGCCCAUGCCUGGACUUUCUUCUGAAUGGUGCUGUACCAUUUCUGUCGAAAAUGGAGGUACUUAAAACCUUGAAUAUUGUAUACGAGUCAUCAACUCAUGCAGUGAAACAAGACAUUUUGUACAAAGAGGAAACAAAAUUUAAAGUAGAACGAUUAUUCCAGCUCAUUAUAGACAUUGGAGAUUAUGAGUUUCAGGUGGGUGUGAUUGAGUUCCUUUUUAGACUGAUACCACGCAAAUCACGCCAAACGUACUUGCAGAAUGUGAUCAAACAGGCGGGAAUUUUUCAAGCAUGCUUCAAUAUUAGGGACAACUGUUUUGAGAUUGACUGCCGACGAUUUCUCAAUCAUCUUAACAGUUCUCUGUUUGCCAAAAGAAAGGUUUUUUCAUAUCCAUGUCAAGCUAUAGCUAUUGGAUCAUUUGAGCUCCAAAAACCUAGUGAUGAUGGAUACAAUGACUUCUGGAUUGACUUCAACCAGGGUAGUCACAGAAUGACUGUGUUUUGUGAAAAUGCACCAACUUCGACACAGACAAGUGCUGGAGAAAGCUUUUGGGACACUGUUUCUGUCUGGCAUAAAGAUCUCAUCAGUUUUAGAUGCUGGGAAGAAGGGAAAAUGGUAAAGGCCUGCAUACUUCUCAGAUCAUCUGCUGACUGUUUUAUUGCUUCAGAAAUAGAUCAUAAUGUUUAUGUCACCAUGGACAGACAGUAUAAUCUUGAAAAUGCUCUGGUACAGACAUUUACUCGGAAAAAGAAAACUUCUGAUUCUGUGAAUUCCCUACAUAUUUUGACCAGUCAGUCUUGUUUAGAAAAGCCAGAAAACCACAGUGUGGGUGUGGAGACAGCUGCUGGACCAGAAGAACCACUUGAGAAGGAAGUAAAAAGAGUGCUCUCUGUUUAUGCCUCAUCUCACAAAGUGUCCAUUCCCACAGACCCCAUGUCUACACCUGCCAGCACCAUCAGCUUUGUAUCUUUAAGUUCCAACAAAUCUGGGAUCUUUGCAAAAAAAUCACCUGAAUUUGGCAAGGACAUUCACAAGUCCAGCUGUCUACCUCAGGAGAAAAAAGCAAAAGCCAAGCAAAAGGUUUUAAAAAAACAGCCACAAAAAUGGGAUAAAACAAACACUCACAUUGUCACCUGUCAAACAGUAAAGAAGAAAGAAGACAGUGGAAAAACAUCCCUUCAGUCAAAGACAGAGAGCACACCACAAGGAAGAGUAACACGUUCCUCACAGAAGUUAAAGAACCCUGUUGCCAUCUUUAAAGAGCCCAGUGCUAGGCAACAAGGAACCAGGAAAACUUUAAUGAAAUCAAAAUCUUUUGUGGGUGAUUUAGAGAUUAUACAGACUGAUGCUGAAAUUCAGCUUGCUGGCAAAGAAGAUAGUCUUUCAAGCAUUGUCAUUCCUGAUUCUCUUCCCAUGCCAUCACAACUUGAACAAGAGCCUAAAGAGAAUUCUGACAGGAAAAUCAGACCAGAAAACAAAGAGUGUGAAGCUGUGCUGAAGGGAGGUGAAUGCAUGCAGAGGGCUGAGACAUUCAAGAUGCCUGCUAGCAACCAAAUAACAACAACUCAGCAAGAUGGCAAGAAAGAUAAGAUCACUGAAAAUGUGUACAUAAAACAAAUGGGACCUUUGUGUGAUUCAGCAAGGCAAACAUCAAUCACCAAUCAACAGCCACAGUUAUGCACACCACUUGUUCAACCUAAAAAAUGUACCUCAGAAAUAGCUCCCUCAAGUCUGGAUGAGUUUAAAGACACAAGCUGCAAAAAAUUUCGUAGCAAAAGUUGCCUUAACAAAAGUUAUUGUAGCAGCAUGUCAAAAAAGUCCAGUCAUAAAGAGGUGUCAGAGUCCAAAAAUCUUGCCUUUGACACUUUGUCUCCAGUAGAUGACCAGUGCAUCUUACCAGAAUGUGGAAAAAAGCAAAAGCAUAUGAACCAAGAAAUUUCAGAGGAGCUGGCAAAUACAAUCCUAUCAAAAGAUACACAAGAACCAAAAAGCUCAGAAAAGCAGGCAUUUCUUCCAUUUGUUUCACGGAAUAACAAUUUUGAUACCAGAGAGAUCCAAACAAAAUCUUAUUCCAAGUAUCAUGAAGAUAAACCUAUUGGCAAACAGGAAGUUACCAUAGGCACAAAUCAAUGUUUAGGGGUUUGCAUGUCAAAAUCCACUAAAAUGACUAAAAAAAGCGAAAUUCUUGUAAAUCAGACAGAAAACCUAUACAAAUACAAUGAUGAUGAUGAAGAUAACACAGAUUUUAGAUUUGAUAAUUGUCAGGACCUCUCUCUGCAGACCAAUGAUGAUUUUCAAAUUAAAGACUUUAAACCAUGUAAAAAACAAGGCACUGACAGACGCAGUAAGUCUGAUAAAGAUACCGGCAGCUUGAAAAUGUUUUCAAGGGAAAAGGUUAAUGAGAAUGUUCAUAACUUAAGAAAGCAGCAGCGAAAAUCAUACAAGGAAUAUGAUAAAUUUUCUGAAGAUGAAGAACCAGGCGUAUCAAAGAUCUCCCAAAACAAUAAACUCUUCCAAAAUCUUAAGAUUCUGACAUCAUUCAAAGACACAAAAUUUGUAUUCACAAGUGCUGAGGAAAGGCUGACUGGCUCUAAAAAAAAAUGUGUAAAGAUGUUUGCUAUGACAUCCAGCCAGAGGAAAAGAGAAAGUGGGGAAAAAACGGUCAAUCAUGACCAAGAUCCAUAUGACUUCAGGGAAGAUGAAGCUGAAAUAUCUAGCGUGCUGGGUCAUAAGUCAAGCAUCAAUAAGGGAAAGAACCAUUCAGAAUUGGCAAAUUUUUGUACUUUUGACAGUGUCAAAUUGUCAAGGAGGUUAUCUUGCAGUACAGAAGAAAACAAAUUGAAGAGAAAACUUACAAAAAAUCAUAACACUCCUAUCUGUGCUGGUUUAUUUAUCAAUGAAAAGAGUCCUUCCAGUUUAGGAGCUUCAAGCAUAGAUUCUUCACCCAAACUCUUCUUCAGUCAGCCAAAGAAGCCCAAAUUAACAUCUGGCCUUCAACGGAAAAAUAAAUCAGAGAAAAAAACAGCUGGAAUGGAAUCUUCAAAAAGCAAAAGAACCAAAAGGUUACCAGAAAAAUGUAGCAAGAAAAGAAAUUCAGCUUCCAUAAGAAAGUCUAAGAUCAGUAAAGAAGCAGCACCUACAAAAUUGAGUUUUGGAGAUGAUAUCUGUGUGAGUAAUAGGAGUGAGUUAAGCUGGAUAGCAAAGCAUUCUUCUAAAUUUAAAGGCGACACAAGACUCUCAAAAACUUACAAGAGAAAAAUUAUGGCUAAUUCUGUCUCACCUCAGCCUCAGCAUGAUCUAGCCUGUAACAGAAUUUCUACACAAGCUAAAGUUCUACAAUCUAGUCCUCUUCAUCAAACUGUUUUAAAGAAGGGGAGGAGCAAACCACACGACAGUCCUCUGAAUGUGACUAUAAAAAAAUCUCCUAUCACAGUCGCUAGUUUUCCUACAAGUGAAAUCACUAAGACAAAGAAAGGCACACAAAAGGCCAUCAGUAUCUCUGAAAACAGCUCUUCACAGAACUCCCAAGAAAAUUCUAGCUUCUAUUUGUCUCAGUUGUGCUCUGUUGGGAGUCAACAGACGCAGAAUGAUGGGAAUUCACCAGCAUGCAGCUCUUAUGAUGUUAAUGAGACUGGUAAAAGACUGCAGGCUUGGAAGAAAAAGACUUUGUUGAUAUCUCCUAAAACAAGAGACAUAAAUACUUCAGCUAAAUCAGAAAAACAUUGCAAAACACAGACAGCAAAACACAUGGAAUGCACUGAAAACGGUGACUAUGAUAAUUCUAAUGGCAGUGAUGAGGCUGAAAAUCUGUCUGCUAUUGACAAAGGCUGCAUUUCUGGUCCUUCUUCAAGAAUAAGACCUUCCAAAUCGCAGGAACAGUGUGAUAGCUCUGAUUCAGAGCAGUGCAUGAGUGAUGAAAGCUCAGAGAUGCAUCUUCUUCCAAGGCGACUGUUUACUGAAGAUAAUGCCAUCUCAGUUACAGGAAAGAAGAAUCUGGGUUCUGCACAAAUGUCAUAUGCUGGUGAUGGAGAGCAAACCACAACAGACAAACAGCAGAUGGCCAGCACUGAGGCUUCCUUGUCACAAAUGGAUCUCUGUCCUGAAGAGGAGGAUGGAGAGAAUCCAGAGUUUUCACUCAAGAAGGUUUCUGCAGUGCUCCAAGGAUUUAGCAAUGACUUACAGACACAAAUAAAGGAAAGAGAGCUACAAAUUCAAGAUCUCUCACAAAAUGCAUGGAGGCUGUCCAGCAAGUAUGUACACCACAUGUGUCUGGAAGAAAAGGAUAGAAGGGAAAAAAUAGUGAAGGUUUUCCAAGAAAAAGUCAGCAGUGAACUGUCUAGUCUUGAGAGAGACAUCUCUGCACUCAAAGAAGCUGAAGCAAAGACACUGGAUAUAUAUUUGCAGCAACUGAAAGUCCUAAGAGAUUAUAGAGAGAAGGCUCCAAGCAGAGUUAAAGCAAUGAAGAUACAGCAUGCUGAUUUCUGGAAGGAAACAGUGGAACUCACUCAAUACAGUUAUCAGACACAGCAGUCUAUGCAGUCCCAGUUAAGAAAGAAUAUGAAAAUGCUGGAGAAGAAAUUCCUUCUGCAAAUGCAACACCAGCAAUUGCAGAAUCUGAAGAAGUCUCUGCAGAAGCUUUUUUGACCAUCAGACUUGUCAUUUCAUAACUGCUAAUUUCUUGGUUUGACAUUGCAUGUGGAUAUUCUUGCAAAUGGCACUGUAUUAAACAAUGUAUGUUUCCUUUAUGUAAUUUGGCAUGCAAUUGUAAUCAUAGUUAGGUAUUUGAAAUCGAUAUACAAAGGCCAAGUUCUCACAAGUAUUGAGAGGUAGAAUGUGGCACAGGAAAGUUAGUAGUUAAGGGCAUGCUUGAGCUGCCACAGCAUCACAUUUCCACAUUCCUACCUUUCCUCAUUGGGCUUAUAGUCUUGAAUGAAUUGUAUGCCAGCAUUUUUAAUAACAUGUUAUCCAUAAGCAAAUGAUGUGCAUUCUCUUCCAUGGAAUACCUACUUGCAUCCAGAAUCUUAGAGUUUACAAAAGGUGUUGGUGUUGAAGAUAUAUUUCUUAAAUGUUGACCAAGAUUGUAGAUAAAGAUAUCAACCUUAAUGCCCUCCUAAGACAACCAAUCAAAUUGCAGUUGACCAAACAAUCUAAUCAUUAUGUGGUUUUAGCAUCCAAUUUUGACCAAGUAUGUUUGUACUUCAGUUUUUAACCUGUUAACCACAUUUUCACAUUCACCUGAACUUUUCCCCUAUGAUUACUACAUAUAAAUUGCCAGUCACUUGUCUGGCACAUAAAGAGAUGUCUUUUGCAAGAUAGCUUUUUUUAAAAAGAGAAGUUUGUGUGCAAGGAAAAUAUCUGAACCAUGAGAUUAAGAUUCCAGUUAACUGUGACAUUUUGUCUAGAAUGAAGAGUUGUUUUUUUUUAAAAAAAAACAUCUCUACAGGAACAACUGACUUGAUGGGAGUGGAUUUUAGUCCACUUGUUGUUUAUUCCUUGUUAAUCCUCGAGGAGCAUAGAGCCACGUUUAGUCCACUUCCCAUAGCCUAUUACAGUUUUUCAUCCUUUUUUUUUUUUUUCACAGCAGAUAUCAUCCUUUGAAAAAAUCACCAGCAUAACGCUUAUUAGUUCAGCCCAGCCCUUCCUGUGCAGAAUUUUCUUUUGAG